CAAACUCUCGUCUCGGUCACGCGUGCGCCGUUCAAGUGCAGCUCUGGAUAUAUGGGAAGUUAUCCUUCGGAACGAAAGAACUGUGUAAUGCAUUUCAACGCAAUGUUUUGCAAGACAUUUCAAUCGAAUUUGUAAUAUAAAAGAAAACUAUAUAUAUUGUACAACACUUAAAUAAGUUCAAGUGAAAAAUUGUUUUAAAACGUUCGGUGUAAAAUUUGCAAUAAAAUUGUGCAAUAACAUACAAAUAUCUUGAUAAUUAACUUUAAACGCACAGCCAGUUCCCUCUCCGUGGGUGCCAGGAAACUGUUUGGUUGUUGUGACAUUUUGGCAACAUAAAACGCAAUGGCGCCACAGAUGACGCCAUUUUCGCAGCUCGACAAAAUGGCGACGACAAUGACGCUCGCAUCCAAAGCGGAAAUACUCUGGCUCUGCCGAAUAUUGCUGCUUUGCUUUUGCAUUGGCGCCGCCGCUACUAGAGACAUUCCAUCAUCAUCAUCAUCAUCGCUAUCGUCAUCGUCAGUCUAUGCACGUUCCGCCCAUGAUGACGACGAUUUUGCCUUUUAUUGCCCAGAGGAAGGUCUAUUCCCAGACGACUAUGACUGCCGGCUCUACUAUCGCUGCGAAAAGCUCUCCGAGCACUACAUCAAGCCAUACAUGUUUGCCUGCAAGGAAGGAACAGUCUUUUCGCGUACUCUCCAAUUGUGCAUGCCGCCUAUGCUGGCCGGACGUGGCGAGUGCUCCUACUACACAAACUACAUCAAUGAAAUUGACGAUAGCCAGCUGCAGUCGGAUGGGCUCGUCUCUAACCCAAAUGGACAUAUUGCGGAGCCAAACAACGACGCAACAACUGCUGCCCUUGAGCUGCACACUUACGCCACAGAGAAUCAGUUGCCCACCAACUAUGGAUUGACAGGACUGAGUGGUGUUCAAGUCAUAUCCUUUUCGAGCACUUCAUCUCUGCGCUCAGCUGAUGAUGAAGGUGUGUUCUGCAAUGCUGAUGGAUUUAUGAGUGAUCCUAGCGAUUGCACCGUAUUCUAUCGCUGCAUCUCCAAUGGACGUGGCUACAAUAAAAUCGGCUUUCGCUGCUCGGAUGGCACGGCUUGGGAUGAAUCCCUGCAGUCUUGCAAUCAUAUAAUCGUAGUGCGCUCUAAUGGUGGUUGUCGUAUGCAGAAUGAUCCACUGAACGAUGUUUACGCGGAUCAAACUUCUACACAGUCAUCGCAAUCGAGCUUCCAAAAUACAACUUCGUCCUCGUCCAGUAGCAAUCAACAGAGCUCCUCUACAAGUUCCUCAACGUCCUCUUCCAGUUCUUCAUCUUCUAGUACUUCGCAAACUUCAACAAGUUCGACAAAUCAACAGGAGUCAAGUUCGAGUUCAAGCUCAAAUCAGGAGUCGUCGACAUCGAGUAGCAAUCAGCAGUCUACAUCCAGCUCAAGUUCAAGCAACACGGAGACUUCAACAAACCAAAACUCUGGCAGUAACCAGUCCUCAAGCAGUAACCAAAGCUCGAGCAGCUCAAGUACUGGUGGCUCGAGCAAUCAAAGUGCUAACAAUAAUCAUAAUCAAAGCUCGAAUAAUCAAGAUCAAAAUCAAAGCUCCAGCAGCAAUCAAUCUUCAAGUGGCAGCCAAAACAGCCAAACGACUAAUAAUAACCAAAAUUCGGAAAGCAAUCAAUCUUCGAACGCUUCCAACAAUCAAACAAAUCAGAACACCAGUACACCUGAUUCUACAAAAUGCGAGGAUGAGAACACCUAUAUACCAGAUAAAAGCGAUUGCAAAAAGUUUUACAGAUGUCGGUUAGAUGAUAAUGGAGUAUUAGAAAAGGUACCGUUUACAUGUGGACCUGCCACUAUUUGGAGCCAAGUGGAGCGAGUUUGUAUUCUCCCCAGCGAAGAGCAGAAAAAACAAUGCAAUCUGCAGACAAGUCAUCAAAAUGCCAACAAUUCCUCUGAACAAUCAGCCACCAGUAGCAACGAAAAUUCGAAUGGUCAGUCCAGUAGUUCCACCUCUACCAACAACAAUAAUAGCAGCAAUACAUCCAGCAGUCAACAAGAAUCAUCAACAUCAAGUAGCAACCAAUCUUCCAGCAGUCAACAAAAUUCAUCGACUAAUUCAUCAUCAAAUUCUGCAACAGAAAAUACAAAUAAUGAAAAUUCAACCACCUCAACUUCAAAUAUAAGUCAAGGUUCAACCACAACUUCUAAGCCUUUAAAUCCCGAAGGAGAAUGUCAAGAUACAGAAACAUAUUUGUCAGACGCAAGGGACUGCGCCAUUUUCUAUCGUUGUGUGGAUAACGGCAACGGUGGAUUUGAUAAAGUUUCUUUUGAUUGCCCACCUGGAACAGUUUGGGAUCCAAAUUCAAAGGGCUGCAACCAUCCAACAGACGUGCAAAAGGAGCAAUGCAAGGCUAUGGGCAAUGGCACCGCGACUUCUUCAAAUCAAAGUUCUUCCAAUCAAGGCUCUUCAUCAAACCAAGGUUCUUCUUCUAACCAAGGAUCUUCGUCAAACCAAGGAUCUUCGACAAACCAAGGGUCGUCGUCAAACCAAGGAUCUUCGUCUAACCAAGGCUCUUCAUCAAACCAAGGAUCUUCGUCUAACCAAGGAUCUUCAUCUAACCAAGGCUCUUCAUCUAAUCAAGGCUCUUCAUCUAAUCAAGGAGCUUCGUCUAACCAAGGAUCUUCAUCUAACCAAGGCUCUUCAUCAAACCAAGGAUCUUCGUCUAACCAAGGAUCUUCAUCUAACCAAGGCUCUUCAUCUAAUCAAGGCUCUUCAUCUAACCAAGGCUCUUCAUCAAACCAAGGGUCUUCAUCUAACCAAGGGUCUUCAUCUAAUCAAGGAUCUUCAUCAAACCAAGGAUCUUCAUCAAGUCAAAGCUCUUCGUCAAACCAAGGAUCUUCGACUAACCAAGGAUCUUCGUCUAACCAAGGCUCUUCGUCUAACCAAGGCUCUUCAUCUAAUCAAGGCUCUUCAUCUAAUCAAGGAGCUUCGUCUAACCAAGAAUCUUCUUCGAAUCAAGGCUCUUCGUCUAACCAGGGAUCUUCAUCUAACCAAGGCUCUUCAUCAAACCAAGGAUCUUCGUCUAACCAAGGAUCUUCAUCUAACCAAGGCUCUUCAUCUAAUCAAGGCUCUUCAUCUAAUCAAGGAGCUUCGUCUAACCAAGAAUCUUCAUCUAACCAAGGCUCUUCAUCAAACCAAGGGUCGUCGUCUAACCAGGGAUCUUCAUCUAACCAAGGCUCUUCAUCAAACCAAGGAUCUUCGUCUAACCAAGGAUCUUCAUCUAACCAAGGCUCUUCAUCUAAUCAAGGCUCUUCAUCUAACCAAGGCUCUUCAUCAAACCAAGGAUCUUCGUCUAACCAGGGAUCUUCAUCUAACCAAGGCUCUUCGUCAAGCCAAGGAUCUUCGACUAACCAAGGAUCUUCGUCAAACCAAGGAUCGUCGUCUAACCAAGGCUCUUCAUCUAAUCAAGGAUCUUCGUCUAACCAAGAAUCUUCUUCGAGUCAAGGCUCUUCGUCUAACCAAGGUUCUUCAUCAAAUCAAGGAUCUUCGUCUAACCAAGGCUCUUCAUCUAAUCAAGGCUCUUCAUCUAAUCAAGGAUCUUCGUCUAACCAAGAAUCUUCAUCAAACCAAGGAUCUUCGUCUAACCAGGGAUCUUCAUCAAACCAAGGCUCUUCGUCAAACCACGGAUCUUCAACUAACCAAGGAUCUUCGUCAAACCAAGGAUCUUCGACUAACCAAGGAUCUUCGUCAAACCAAGGAUCGUCGUCUAACCAAGGAUCUUCAUCUAACCAAGGCUCUUCAUCUAAUCAAGGCUCUUCAUCUAAUCAAGGAUCUUCGUCGAACCAAGAAUCUUCUUCGAAUCAAGGAUCUUCAUCGAACCAAGGUUCUUCAUCAAACCAAAGCUCUUCGACAAACCAAGGAUCAUCGACUAGCCAAGGAUCUUCAUCAAACCAAGAAUCUACAUCUAACCAAGGAUCUUCGUCAAAUCAAGGCUCUUCGUCAAACCAAGGAUCUUCAUCUAACCAAAGCUCCUCAACAAACCAAGGAACUACUCAAAAGCCCUUUAAGCCAGCUGAGAAAUGUGAAAGUGAGGAGACAUUCUUGGCUGACAACGAUAAUUGCUCCAAAUUCUAUCGCUGUGUUGAUGAUGGCAAAGGCGGUUUUGUGAAAGUUUCAUUUACUUGCCCACCAAACACAAUUUGGCAUCCGAAUGCUAACAGCUGUGACCAUCCAGCACAAGUUGAUUCACAAAACUUGAAGUGCAAGAAAGGUAACACUAAUCAGAGUACUACCAGCUCGACUAGCAGUAAUGAACAAUCUUCAACGACUUCUUCAACGACUUCGACUACACUUGAGGAAACAACGACAUCAGUUACCUCGAGUACAUCGUCUAGUCCCAGUAAUGUUGGAUCUAGCUCUUCUCCAAAACCCUCCGGUAAGUGUAGAGUAAUUGGAGAGUUUGUGGGAGAUCAAGAAGAUUGUGCUAAGUUUUAUCGAUGCGUUGAUAACGGUAGAGGAGGCUUCAACCAAGUUGCCUUCUCAUGCGGUCCAGGAACUGUGUGGGAUGCUCAGAUAUUGGCCUGUAAUCAUGCAUGGGCCGUCAAAGAUAAAAGCUGCGGAAAUGGAGCAACAACUCAACGUCCAGUUGCUCCAAAUAGUACGCCAACUCAAGCUUCUACUCAAAAUAAUUCGCAAUCGGACAGGCCAACAACUACAAGACCUUUAACUACAAUCCCGUCUACACAAACACCUUCUUCUCCAAGCUCAUCGACUAGUAAAAAACCUUCCACUCAAAUGCCUGCUAUGAAACCUACAACUCAAAAACCAAAUGGCAAAGAUGAAUGUCAGUCCGACGGCUUCAUAGGCGACUCUAGCAAUUGUGCCAAAUUCUAUCGGUGCGUUAGCAAUGGUAAAGGUGGCUUCGACCAGAUUCCUUUCCAUUGUGCGGCUGGAACAGUUUGGGAUCAAAGCCUUCAAACCUGUAAUCACGAUUUCAACAAUUGCAAUCCCAUUAGCGCUGGUAAUACGACCACUGAGUCUGACAAGGGUCCUUGUGACAACACAAACUCAACCUUACCGCCAACUACAGAUCCCAAUACAACAAUCCGUCCAACCGAAACCGGCACGGAGUCCACAACUGAAUCGCAACAAACAAGUGCAUCACAGCCUACAACUACAAUAUGGACUACAACUUCCAGACCAACUACAACUGAAUCACAGCCUAUAACUACAAUGUGGACAACAACAGCCAGACCACCCACGACCGAAACUCAACCUACAACCACAAUAUGGACGACGACCAUUGAACCGUCGUCAACAAACGAUCCAUAUCCAAGUCCUACCACCAUGAAUCCUCCAACAACUACCACUCCAGUGCCCAAUUUACCACCAGGCACUGAAUGUAAGGGAGAAGGAUUCAUGGCUGAUCCAUACAAUUGUCGAAAGUUCUACCGCUGUCUAAGAAAUGGAGAUUCUUUCUCAAAACAUCAAUUUAUGUGUGCUAAAAAUACAGCUUGGAACGAAGAUAUACAAACUUGUGAUCACGCCGCAAACGUUCCGCGUUGCUCUGGUCAAACUGAAACUCCUGUUAUGACCCUGCCUACAGAAAGUCCUCAGCAGUCAACUACCCCACCAAAUGAGAAACCAACUAAUCCCACAACGACUGAAUAUCCAACUAAACCCACAACCACCGAAUAUCCAGAAAAGCCAACCGAAUCACCAACAAAGCCUACCACUGAAUAUCCAAAACCCACAACUGAAAAUCCAACAAAACCUGCCAGUGAAUAUCCAACAAAACCCACAACCACAGAAUAUCCCAUGGAAUCAACAGACACUCCCGGCACUGCAACCAAACCUACCACUGAAUAUCCAAAACCCACCACUGAAUAUCCAACAAAACCUACAACCACAGAAUAUCCAACAAAACCCACAACCACAGAAUAUCCAACAAAACCCACAACCACAGAAUAUCCGAUAAAGCCAACAGACACUACCGCCACUGCAACCAAACCUACCACUGAAUAUCCAAAACCCACCACUGAAAAUCCAACAAAACCCACAACCACAGAAUAUCCUACAAAACCAACAGACCCUCCCGGCACUGCUUCGACCACUGAAUAUUAUCCUGAAACAACUGGAAUCACAACAACAUCGAAGCCAGGAUAUAUGCCCACUACGACUGAAUCCAAUCCCAGUUCUACAGUGGAGCCAAAUAUCAACUUCAACUGCACUAGUGAAGGUUUUCAUGCUGAUCCCCAGAAUUGCAGCAUUUAUUACCGGUGUACAAAACUAAAUAACAGUUUCCAAGUGUAUAAAUUCCGUUGUCCAAGUGGCACCGUUUGGGAUUCGUCAGUGGAGACUUGCAACUAUGCAGAUCAGGUCGCCGGUAAUUGCUCCUCAGGAAGUAUUCCUACAACAACAUCCAGUGAAAUAACCACACAAUGGACAGAAUCCCCCACAACUACCAUGCAGCCAGUGACUACAAAUAGACCCGAAACUACAACGAUCCCGUCUAUUACAACAAAUCGACCGGGCGAAACUACAACAAGUAUAUCCGAAACUACAACUAUUUCGAUUGGCUCUACAAUUCGCCCAAUUGAAACUACAACUACAAUUACUGAAGCAACUGAAGCAAACACGGAGGGACAGACGACCACAACACAGCUCCCACCCCAGCCUCAACCUUCAGGCAACUCAACUAUCCCAUGUCCUCAAAUUAGCGAAGAACAAAGUUUAUUUGUGUGCCCGUCGGGCUUCCGUCGACAUCCCAAGCAAUGCAGCAUGUUCUACCAGUGCAAUGAAAACGACAACUCCAAUCUUAACAUAGUGAUGUUCCAAUGCCCCAACGGCACUGUAUAUCAAGAAGCAUCCUGUCGAUGCGCCAAACCCCAGCCCAACGACACCUGUGGCAACAAGAGUUCGUCACGUACGCAACCAAUUGAAGGAGUAACACAUCCAGCAAACAUGGUGCAAAUACAUUCCACAAUGCCACUUUGCCCUGAGGAGGGACACUUUGCCCUAAACCAAGACGAGUGCAGCCAGGUGUUCAUAAAAUGCAGCUACUUUGCUCAGACCGGUCGCAUUGAGGGUCAAAUUAAUCGCUGUCCGCAAGGGUUCACCUACUGGAAUGUGAGUCGACGUUGCGAACCAUCAAGAAAACUGACCAACUGCACUCCGGUCACUUAUAAUGUUGGCAACAGCGUCCCCUUGGAGUGGGUGAACCUUGGAUACAGACGUCGCAGCAUGCGUGUCUAGAAUC